UGACUGCAUCCUCCAUUAGACUGAGCACACCAUGGCUUCUGCGUUUGAAAGUUCCGCUAACAGAUCAGAAUUUUCAACCCAGUUACCAGAAAUACCCAAACACUUUCUGACAUGCAAACGCAAGCUUGGGGAAGGUGGCUUUGGAGAAGUUUACAAGGCACACCAUAUCCAGUGGGGUGAACUAGCUGUUAAAGUUUGCAAACAAAGUACGCGAUUGUCAGAUGAGGACAAAAAACAUGUGCGACGAGAAAUUGAGCGAAUGACCAAAGUUGCCAGGCAUGAAAACAUUGUCUCAAUUAGAGGCAUCAUCCCAGAUGUAAAGCCUUUUGACUGCUGUAUAGCCAUGGAUUACAUGAAGCAUGGGUCCUUGAGGUCCUGCCAGAAGAAGCUUGGGACAUUCCCAAAUGCAGUUAAGAUUCGGAUGAUUAAAGAUAUCUCACUUGGGAUGAACUUUCUGCAUACCCAGAAGGAACCUAUCAUCCAUCGUGAUUUGAAGCUGGAAAAUGUUUUAGUUAAUGAGCAUCUUGUAGUGAAGGUUUCUGAUUUUGGUUUAGCAACAUGGCGCACUGCAUCAAACUUCAAAGAUGCUGGAGGGACCAUCUCCCACAUUCCCCCUGAAAACCUGAGGAACCUGAAUCAAAAAUGCACCACAAAAUAUGAUGUAUACAGCUUCGGUAUAAUGUUGUGGGAGUUGUCAUCUAACCAGGAGUCCUACCUCAAUUGCAAGGGAAAUCCAAGCCUGAUUUCUUCAGGGGUAGCACGGGGUCAAAGACCUGAUAUGGCUUUGAUCCCCUCAGAUGAACCAGCCAUUGUGAAAGAGUUGAUGGAGCAAUCAUGGCAUCAAGACGCAAGGAAACGACCAGACUUUCAAGAAAUUAAAGAGAAAAUUGAUGGGAAAUAUCAGGAGUAUGAAAAGGAUUUUCUCACUGGUCUCCACGAAACCUUGAAGCAACUGCGAGAAUUGACAGCAAAACAGGAUGAAUCGAAUACGGAAGUUAAUAGGUUUCCAUGGGAACAGCAAGACAUCCCAGAUUCCAAGAAUGAGACAGUGAAAGAUGGAGGCUCAGUUGAAUGGAGGGCAAAUGGGACUCCACUAACUCUGCAAUCUAAAGAACCACGAGUCAAUGACAAGGACAUACAUGUAGGCUUCCCUGUGGCUGUGUCUGAUGCACAAAAAGAGCAGCAGCCGGCUGGUAUGAGCAGACUUAUCACACCAAUGGAAAAUCUGAGUGUUAAUUGUGAUAAGUAUGGCAUGGCGGAAACUUCACCUCAUGAACCAACACAAUUGCCUACUUGUGUUGGACAAGCCGCUGCAUCUGUUCCAGACACAAGUGUACCAGCCAACUGCAAGUCCCAGUAUGAAACAGACAGCCUCACAGACCAUCUUGCAUCUAGUGACCAACAUCACAGGCUUCUCUCCUCUGGGCAAACAGUUAAGUCUCCACCCAGCAAGCAAGAAGGUGUUUAUCCUGCAGAAGAUGGAAAACUAUCUCCUCCAAAUCUAGAAAACAGACAGUCUAAAACUUAUCACCAAACGAAUGUUCCUGAUCCUUACCCAAGGGAGCCCCCAAAAGGCAACAAUGCUAGUGGAAUAAACAUCAAUGUUAAAGGCGAUGGAAAUGUUAUCACGGUUUCCCGAGGGAAGAAUACAGUACAAGUGGACAAACAAAAGCACAGAGAAAGGAAGAAGAAGAAGAAGUACAAGACAAGAAGUCCCACUCCAUCAUCAUCUUCUUCAUCGGAUGAAACAGAUUCCUCAGUACCAGGACCUUCCAUAACUACUUCCAAUGAGUCUGUCACUGAACAAGACAUCCGUGACCUAGACGAGCACAUAGGGAAGAAGUACAAACGUUUGGGCCGGAAUCUAGGCCUCCUAGAAGCCCACAUUGAGAACAUCGAGGGUGACCAUUUUCUCGGGGGCCGGCAAGAAAUAGCCUUCCAAAUCAUGCUGGCAUGGCAGAGAAGUCAAGGUGCAGCGGCUACCAAAGCAGCGUUGGCAGAGGCACUAGAGAAAACUGGUUUGCGGAAUGUCGCAGAGAAACUGUAGUGUGGACUGUUUGGUGCAUCAUCAUAUGGACCAUUUCCUGUCCUUUAUGCUUUUUACAUCCCUAAAUUAUUGCCACUGUGGCCCACAGCCAAAAUAUAGUAAAACUUCUUUGUUGUCUUUAGUCCAGCCAGACUCAUGUCUAGGUUGAAAUUACUCAGAUCGUCAGAGUCUUGCUUCUUUAGACAAAUCUGUCACAUCAUUGCAAGUCAGGGAGGCCCCUUAUAAUGGCAAAAGCUAUGCCAGGUGUUGUGAUCAACUCACCCUUGACAGUUGAACCCAACCAUACUCAAGCGAAGUACUUCUACCAUUACUGGGGGCCUUCCUGAGAAUCCAGUGAAUCUCAACGAACCGUACAGUGUAUAUGAGAUCAAAUUAUCUGUUCCCUUUCAUCUUGGUCUAAGUCAACUUGAUUCCAGGUCAAUUCAGUUGCAAGUCAAAUUGUUCCAGGUCAACUCGGUCCCAGGUUAACUCACCCAGUAUGUACAUGUAUGUUAAGGUCUUAACAAUUUUAAGGCUAAGGUCUGUUAUAUUUCAUAUGUAUUUGCUGAUGGGGCAGCACAGGACCAUUCAGACAAGGCCUUUUAAGCCUGGGCAGAGGGCAAUUGGCUAAGUUGCUGGAAAUAGUGCCCUUCCACAUUUACUCUGAGGAUACAUCCAUUGGAUGUUUAAAAAAUGCUGUGGAAGAGUGUGAUUUUGAUGCAGGUUUUACUUAUUAAAAUUUAUGUUGUGUAAAUUUUCAUUUUACAUUAUAGUUUCACCCUAAAAGAGCUGGGGAAUGGAAUCCACUCCUCCCCCUCACACACCUUGUCUUCUGUGUCACCACAGUGGAUUUAUUCCUGUACUGAGCCUCAAGGAGCUGAUUUAGUAACAUCUUGUGGUCAUUUUCACACCAAGUUUGUAAAAACUUUCUGAGAUAGGUCGGUCAAAAAUCUGUACUUUUUUCUCAGACUUCCUCAAAGCACGAAGGCCAACACCCAUUAUGCCCUGAACUUCAAAUGACCAUUACAGUGAAACCUUGUCAGAUUAAUUUGAAACUUUGCACUGGCACUGAUAAUGGGUGCCUUUAAAGUUGAAUGUUAAUGUUUUGAGUUGUAUUUUGUACUAACCCUGUAGUAUAUACAUAUGUACUGAGCACUCCCGUAAUGUAAAUGUAUGAGUGUAUAGACAGUGUCUAGACAUAUAUAAAUGUACAUAUAUACAGAAUGUGGGAAGAAUGUAACGGAUGGGGGGGACUCCAAAUGACAGAUCAGGAUGUUUGUUGGGGGAGGGUUACGCAUAGGAAGAGGAUCAUGGGGACAAAGUACAUGUAUUUAGAAAGUGGAUGAA